GUUGAAGCACAUCUGUGCUCAGGAAACAGUGUCCUCCUGCAGCUGAGACAAACAGCAUGCAAAGAUUAUCAAACAUGAAUUAUGAUAAGAGUCUAAUUGAGGGUUUAAAUUCAAUUUAGGCUUAACUGAAAGUCACAAUGAGCCCUUUUCAACAGAUGGUACAGGGAGGGUUCCUGAGCCGUUUCCACCACAGAAAAGGCCAGUUUGCUGCGGAAAAACUUGCUGGUCUCCACGCAAGAGCGGAUUACUUCAAGGGGCAGAGGGCGGGAUAAUGUUUCAUCACCUGGUAAAUUUUUCCAAACAACAACAGUUUGGAUGGCUACCAUCUCAAGCAACAUGUACUUUUUCUCUUUAACAACAAUAAAAAAACACACACAUAUGGAAACGAGCACUCAACUAGCGAUAUGAUCUUCUACAGAGAUUCAAGAUAAACUAGAGAGAUCACAAAGUAAACAAAGAGUCUACGAGGAGAUACGGCAAGAAAUGAUGCACACCAGCUUCAAUCAGACGAUUGGCCAAAUCAUUAACAGAUUGAAAAAUACUUAAAAGAGAGUAACAGAGACCAUUUGUGAAACAAAAGUGACAGUGCUGGGAGCAACGAAGUCUUGGAUACCUACAUUAGGGUGCUAACUAUUCAGCAUUGAUUUCAAUCAGUCACGCUCAAAACAUACACCAAAUUGCCAGUGUCCUCUGUGGCUGGUCUCCGUGGGGAUCAUAUACUGUAAGAUCACAGGGUUACUGUGGUGCAACACCUAAGCUACCAUACAUCGUCAUGACAACAGAGGAGGGUCGUUUUAAUGCACUCAUAAACAACUUCACUCACGCUUCAAAACACUUUGUUAACGAACACACCCAAAGUUCCCUUCUCAGUUCUGAACAAGGUGAUCUGCAGCAGCCAUGCCCAGUAAACUGGAAGGAGCCAUGGACGCACUCAUCACAGUCUUCCACAACUACUCGGGGACCGAAGGAGACAAAUACAAACUCAAUAAAGGAGAGCUGAAAGAACUUCUAAACAGCGAACUCACCGAUUUUCUCAUGUCUCAGAAGGACCCCAUGCUGGUGGAAAAGAUCAUGAAUGAUCUGGACUCCAACAAGGAUAACGAGGUCGACUUUAACGAGUUUGUCGUGUUGGUGGCGGCGCUGACGGUGGCGUGCAAUGACUUCUUCCAGGAACAACAAAAGAAGAAAGGCAAAGAUGGCAAAUGAAACAGAUCUAUGAAAUGCUCCAGUACCUACAUGUAUAAUGCUAUAUGAUGCAAUCAAACAUUUGUUAUAAACUAGUAAAGUCCUCAUGUCCUUAUGUUAGUAGAUUAUUCUGACUAAUUCAUUAUGUAAUAAUGUAAUUUGUCAUGCACAUUGAUUUAUUUUAUUUUCUGUUCUAAAGCAAACUGAUCUUUAAAAAUACAUUUUUUUCUAAUUACUGAAAAUUGUUUUCUUAUCAUGAAUUAAA